AUGAAUGUUGACGAAUUUAUCAAAGGUCUUUCUGAACAACACCAACUGGCAGGUAGUGUUCGCUAGUCUUGACAGAUCAGUGAUAUUUUGAUGUUUUCGAACCCGUCGAUACGUAUCCCUUCAGAUUCCUCGUACACGUUUGCUUUGUUGAAUCCCGCGCACCACUGCAAUCCAUUCAUUUCGGAUGGAGUCUUUUUUUUUUCUUUUUUUUUUUUAAUUUUAUUCUUCCAAUAUAUGUUAGGACUAUAAAUGUAGGGUCUGAUAUAAUUAUUCUUUUCAGCUUAGUAAAUCACAAUUUUAGUGGGCCUUUUCUUUUAUAGUGAUUAAAUUUGCUCUACCUGGAGUACACGAGUUCCUAGAGGACAUUUUAGCGGCGGAAAAUCUGAGCGAAAAAGGAGAAAAUUUGCGGCUUGAAUUUGUGAGUAUUCUUAAAAACCUCGGAUCUGCCCCUCAAUCUGAUGAAAUAAAUACUGUGACAAGUAACGACAAGGAAUCACCUCAACAACAUUCGCUACUUUUACGGUCAGACGACGACCUUGUUUUCAACAAAGGUUACUCGCACGACAACACAGAGCAAGUGCAUUGGCCCGAAGAAACAGCUGAACCAGACGAAAAGGUAUUUAUUUAUUCUUUUCAACGUGUUUGUUAACUGCGGGCUAAUGAUCGCAGUGAAUAUUGCCUUGUAUUUAAGCGCGUGCAAGUAAGUAGUAGGCAGUAUGCGUUAAAUUGUCCACUACGGGUAAAUGGUUAAUCGGUCGCGGGCGUGUGGAACGAUGUGAAUGAUGAUCAGAUCUUUUUCUAUUAUUCUUUUUCUUAUUUCUGUCCGUUACACUGGUUGAAUCUUUUCUCUCCUUGGCAUUUGCUCAGCCAUGCGUCAGUGCGUAGUGGUUUUAUACUGACAUUUCGAAUCUCUUUGAUGAUAUCAAGAGCAUCCGCAACUGUGUGAUAAAACAAUUAUCCGUUUCGUGUAUUUAUCGCUUUCUUGAGAAGGAAAAUAAUUAAUUCAUUGGACGGCAAACCACAAGCUUUGGUUGAUAAUACUCUUGGAAGGAAGUGGGAAAGGCCUACGACUUAAGUAGUCGUUAACUACCAGGUAUUCUUUGUCUUUCAUACUCGAACGAUCGCGUACGUUUCAUCGUGUAAUAGUGGGUGGAAGUAUACUAAUUAGGGAAGUAGAAUUCGCAGGAAGCAGUGACAUUUAUUACAUACUCUUGCACUUCCCUGCAAAAAUAUGUCCCCAUGAUUAAUCGAAUAGUUAAAAUAAAUGAACGUUGUCGUACAUCCCAAGUAAAAGUUUGAGCAUUCGGGCUAUCAAGAAACUUGGAUAAGUGCGUAUGUAGAAGCCACUUCAUCCAAACUAGAAUUCAUUGAAGCAGUUUUAACCUUGGUUCUUAGCUUCUUUGUCGCUGUUACUAUUUUCCGCCUAACUGCUUGUGUGGUUAGCAUAAUUGCCUGACCUUUUCACUACAAUUGGUUUUAGUUGCUGAUAAAAGGUCUCGGUAAUCCUUUAUUAUGGUGUUAUUUUCCCACCGUAAAGGAACUCUGGGAAUUUUUUAGCGGGUAGGUCAAAAGGACUGUGAAGCAUUUAUAAGUGCGCUUGACGCCAAGAUGAAGACCAAUUCUAGAACAUUUGUUUUUCCGCUUUAACGCUAUCUUCUGUCCAUGCUUGUCGCCUCAAAAAUUAAAUUUGAGAUUAGAGAUAAUUGAUUUCAAAUCACUCAUUAGCGAUAAUCGCGAUGUUUCAUCUUUCAUUGUUGGCUUGUUUUCGUUUUUGAUGGUUUUUUUUUAAUUUUUUAAAAUUAUUAUUAUAAUUAUCGUAAAUUUUUUGGGAUUUUUGAAUCUUUAAAAAGUGGGGGAAAUGUUUAAAUUGCUAUUCCGUCAAGUAUGUCCACCGGAUUGUCACAGAAUUUUUUAAGUAGACUAAUUCGAGGGGAUGAUUAAGCAUUUCAACGGUGCUCAUGAUGAAAGUAAUAAACUCUUUCAAUUUCUUUUCAAGUUUGACUAUAAUUAAAGCGCUUUUCUUCUGGUGUGACUGGACUCAAAAAUUUUCACUCUAUGCAAAAAUGUGUCUGAAAAAAGACGAUUCUGCGAAUUACCGUAUUCAACUGGUGAUGGCUCUUUUUUUUUAAGUAAUUGUCAGGAAGUAUCGUACCAUUCAUUUUUAAAACGGUCUUAUUCAAGACCUUUCUUCCCUCCAUUCUUUGUUAGAUUUUAUUUAAAGAAUUUAAACAGUUAAAGUAUUUGAGCUGUUCACGAAAUGGAAAGCAUGUUACAAACUAGCAAGAUUUCCAUGUGCAUCAUCCAAAAAAAUUUGUUUCUUUUACAUAUAUUGUUUCAUCAUUGGGGAGUUAAGGGAAUGUUGACUUCAUGCUUUUCUUAAACUUUACUCUAGUUGUUUCUUUUUUUUUUUUAACGGGCUGAGGUCAACAUUGAGUUACAUCUUAUUGAAAGAGUCUAAUCUGCAACAUGAAUCUUUAACAGUGGUACAUACAUGUAGGGUGUUGCAGUAUAGAUAAUAAUGUUAUUUUUUCAGCCAGGUUGACAAGUAUGAAAGUUGGAGGGGUGACAUGGUGGUUGAUGCAUUUUUAACAUAACAUGCAUCCCUGUAAAAUAAUUGAUUUUACACAUGUUGUAAAGAAUCAAAGUGGGGUUUCAUGCAAUCUUUCAUAGAUUUGGAUUAGAACUAAGAGAAGCCAUGUCACACUAUAUACUCAAUCCUUAGAAUAGUCCUUUGUUGCAUUUAGACAACAAUCCACAAUCAACAUCAUACCUGAUCUUAAUGUGUCAUGCAGCAGCAUGUUUGACCUCUUACCUCUACAAUCAGUUAACAGUUUUAAAUUGCUACAUCUAACAUUUCACAUCUACUGUCCUAAAGGUUAACACUAAGUUUGCUGUUUGUCCAGCAUGUGAGUUCAGAUUACAUUUACAUUAUCAUCCAAAUGCAUUUCUUGAGGAGGGAAAAAAUUAAGUAAAAAGGCAGACCACACAUUUUUUGAUCGAAUUAAGUUCUCAUCUUUUGACCAUCCUGGUUUCCUUUACGAGAGUAACCUGAAUUCAGUGUUAUUCCUUGAUUAUAUCAUGCACAAAAUAUGCAAAACUUGUUUACAGUGAACUGAUUUUAGACCUGAUAACGUCAUGUCAUAAGUAUUGCAUAGCUGGGAGAGUUCUAAUUGUCAACCAGCAACUCCUUUGCACCUCAGUAAAAGAAGUACUGAAGUUGUUUUGAACAAUUUUUGGAAGUUCAGGUUUUAGGUGAGGGAAAUAUUAAUUACUAGACCAAGAAAAGUUGACAGGUUUACAUUUAGUUCUUCCCAUACAUAGGUGACAAUUUACACAGAAAUUUUGGUUGAUACUUUGCCAAAAACAUUUUAGAAUACCAAAUGAUAAGUAUUUCAGAGCCAAAAUAUUAUGAUUGUGAUAAAGAAGUUCAUGAAGUGCUGCUUGACUAAAAUGCAAUCUAAACCUGAAUUAUUGUACCAUUUCCUCAAAUGUGUUGUUUCCUGUCCAAACAAAGUUUUUCAUAAUUUUGCAUCUUAGCAUUAGAUACUUCUCAGAGUUUCUAAUAUCUUGCCAGUCCUGCCAAAACAAAUACAAUAUUGAACAAUUUGGGCUUUGUGAGUGACAAAUGUAACAAUUUUUUAAUAAAGUUCUCAUUACCUGCAGGAAAGUGAAGAAAUACUGCCAUGUCACAAAAGGACAGAUAGCACGGAGGAAAGUGGAAUCUUUCUAUGCAGUACUUCAUUGCCUCAGUCAGAUGCAACAUCACAUAAAGAUACUCUCAAAGUACCCAUGCUGGAUUCAGUGGAUGCUUGGUCUCGAGACACAAUAAUCUCAGAAACAAGCAGUGCAGAAGUUGAAGUGCUUGAUGGCUGGGAAAGUGAUGUGAAUGGUCAUGAAGAAGGUUACUUCACAGGAGAUAAUGUCUUCGUGGACUACUCUGUUCAGACACUUGACCUUCAACCAAAUGAAUUUGGAGAACUUCAUAGUGGUGUGAUGUACAUUAGGGAACAUCCAGGAUGGCACAAAAGAUGGUUUUCCAUCAAUGACCAAUGCUUAACAUGUUUUCGACAUAGGUCUGAGACGAAGAUGUUGUUUCAGAUUCCCCUUAAGGGAGCAAAAAUUAUUCCAACAGAUAGAAAGAAAAGUAGAAUGUUCCCCAUUACUCUAUCAGUUCCAAGAAUUCAUGAGACAAUCACUUUUGCAACAACAGAAGAUCAUUCAAGACAGGAGUGGGUAUAUGUGAUAAACUAUGUCCUUUCAAGGCUUUUAGAGGAUGAUAGCAGUCCAGACUCACCAGAGAAUCAACCAGCUAUUUCAUAUGAUACUUACCUUAAGUUGACCAAGUCUGAAAAAGACCCCAACAAAAGUAACCCUUGUACUGAAGAACUUGAAAAGCAGAAUCAGACCCGGAGAAGGAAGGUCUCUGUUUGUCUUGAGGGAACCAGAAUUUUGGAACCUUGCAGGAGUGGGAGUGAUAAUAAUGAUAAUGUUGUUACGGGGUCUCUUUCUCCAUGGAAAAUGUCUGGUGUUGAAGAAGAUGAAGAAGAAAUGCAUGUUAUGAAUAAUGAUCUCUCACCAGGAUUGGAUGAUGUCGAGUCAUUUAGGGAACUGCAAGAGGUAACUGAUAGAGAAUAGCACUAUUAAUUUAAUUAAUUCUAUUUUCUCUGCCAAAAAAGGAGUUGGCUUACAUUUGAAUAUGUUGCCAGUCAGUAAUUUCAAGGUAAAAUAUGUGACUUGCAAUGUUUCUCUCUCAUUCACUGAAAAACUUUUUUUAAAUCAAAGAUUUUACCAGACAUUAUACAAGGGUGUGAGGUUUCUCCUGAAGGAAGAAAAAAGAAAAAGAGCAUUUUCAAGACUUACUCUUCUAAUAAUGUCAACAAAGUUGGUAAGUUCAAGGUCAUUCACUUUACCUUUGCAGAUUUUGAUGAAAAUAUGGUUUUAUGCUCCCUAGCAAGGAGGCUCCUCUUGAAAAGAAAAAACAGCAAACAUACUUGAAUAAAUAACUAAACUAACCAAUAAAUGAAUAGAUCAAUCAAUCAAUCAUUGUAAAUAUAAGAUGUUGAAAAUACACUCAGUCUAUUCCAAAAAUGUAAUAAAAUCAUAAGAUCAUAGUGCUGGAUCUUUCGCAUGUCUUUAUUAUCACAGGGCAGUGACAAAUUAAUUUAUGUUUGCAAAUAAAAAGUCAUUAAUUGUCAAAAAUGACUUCUGCUAUAGAUCACCAAGAUGGAAGUUUUUUAUCAGUCAGCAGUUGUGAAGGGAAGUCAUUGUCAGUCUCAGACCUUCAAAGUCCAGGCUCAAAAGUGAAAAGGCAUGGCUCCUUGGCUGAUUCAUUGUCUUCUAAAGCUUUGCGUGUCAAGUCAAGGAUAACAGGCUCUUUCUUUAAGAAAGGUGAGUACCAGAGUAUUCAAUGAUUACUCUUCGAAUACGCACCGUAUGUCGAGGUGGUUUGAAUUCUCACUCAUGCCAGAGUGCAAGUGCAUAAAAUUAUUCCAUUUCGUUAUUUUUUAAUUGUUGUUGCCUGCAGGUCGUAAAGAUGACAUUAAAACUCCACGUGAGUUGACUUCCUCUCAAAGCACCACAUUUUCGGGAUAUCUACUUCGAAAGAAAGGAAUGAAUUGGAAAAAUCGAUGGUGUGUUGUCAAAGAGCUCUCUCUAUUUUGUUACAAAGACUUCGGAAUAGGAACUGCUGAGCUCCAGGUUCCUCUACGUGGUGCAUCAGUAAAACCAGUGAUAGAAGGCACUGAACCUGAUGACAAGCAGCACGUAUUUGUCUUGAUGGGUGAAAAAGAAGAAUUGCUUUUCGCCGCAGAAAAUGACGCUGAACAAGAGGAAUGGAUAAUGGUUCUAAAUGACGAAAUAAAAUCGAUUGAGAAUUUUCCAAGUGAGUGACUUUCGAGCGCCUUUAAACUGCUGAAUUCUUAGUUUUUGUUACAAGAUGGCAUCCCUUAAAACCUAUAGUUACGCUGAACCAUACGUUAAAAAAUAAUGAUAAUAAAGCAGCUAUGAAUGUCUUUGUUUUGAUAAACUAAUUUUACUCACUGUUUAAGUCUUUUAUCUUCUAAUUUUGCCUUCCGUUUCGUUUUUCUACCGGAAAAACAACACAAAAUACACAGAUUGUGUGUUUUCGCGCUUCUCUUUCGGCGAGAAAAUCACGUAUGGGCGAAGUACAUCCGGGGUAUCGUACUAGGAUAGCUUUCUCCUCUGCCUUUAAUUGUUUUUGUGAGUGUGUACGUGUUUUGCUAUGUUUUUGUUUUUUUUUUCUCACUUGAAACGCAUUGUAUCAGUAUGCCCGUCCGACGCGAUAAUAUCUCCGUGGGAAAGUUCGCUCUUUACAAUAAAAAUUACACUUUCCUUCCUUGUCAUGCAGGUCCCGUUUCAGAUUCACCCGAGAAAACCCCAGGCAUGUCUCCCAGAUUUCUCUCUAACAGGUCUACACCAGGAAGCCCUUCACUUCCAGAGAGUAAGGAAUUAGUCAAAGAGAGCAAGGAUUCUUCUCCCGUUAGCACCAAGAAGACGUCUCUAUUUAGUUCAAUUGGACACAAACUCAGUAAGUCGAAACCCAAAGCUGUUCCCGUUGGUGAAUUAGCCGUUCCUGCAUCAGAUGUUACAACAGUUGGUAGUGUAGAAGGCGGCUUCAUUUUCGUACAACAUGGAAAUGAUUCAGGUGAGUUUGGUAGACCACAUUGAUCGAUUGAUCCAAGUAAGGGAACAGCCUUUCUGCACAGGUACCACAGAAAAGCCAAUUUUAUCCCCUAGUGAGAACUAUUAUGAAACUGAAUAUUUUCCUUAAGCAAUGAGAUCUCAAAAAAAAUUAUCCUUGAAAAACAAUAGGGAGACGGCAGAAGGUCGAUGAAAUUGAGGUCAUACAAGGCUUCGGGUGAAUUUAGAGUAGAUGGUUUAAUCUUGCAUAAGGAUAUCUUAAAUGUGCUUAUUUCGAGUUUGUUUGCACCGAGCACUAAAAUUUUUGUUGAUAUUUUAGUCUUUGUAUCACAACGUUUUCACCUUUUAUUAAAAAUUUUGUUUUAAUUUAAAGUGUUGGCGAAGUCACAACUUUUUCGGUUCAUCUUUCCUCAGUAUGCUUGUGGACUGCCAUUAUACCGUCUUUCCCUUAUUUUUGGUUUCGGUGUCUUCCCAAAAUGUGUACACGAACAUUUACAUAACAAUUUAGAUAAAUUGCUGAUACUGUUUUGUGACUAAUUUUUCUUUUGGUUCCUUCUCCUAAAGUGGCUAAAACUUUAAUCGAAGAAAAUCGAGUAUUUUUAAAAACAUUGACAUAAACGAGAAGAAAGUUUGGCCGCUCAACUGAUCCAAAAUAUCAUAAAUUUUUGUGUGAAUUGAUGAUGCGUUAAAACCAAACUCCCUAGCACUUAGCGGCAACACUCGCCCAAUAUAUUCAACAUCGUGUCCAACGUCAUUUACACUUCUACGUGUUGCCAGGAGUUUAAAAUUGUGGGCGUAAACUAUUAACUACUCCCUCAUUGUCAGGACAAUAUUUUGUGAAAUUUAUUUCCAUGCUAAACGUGUAAGGAUUUUUACUGACAUCCUGUCGACUACAAGUAUUCAGGCCUUGCAUUGUACUGGAAUCUUAUUAUUCCAGGUUCUUCAACUGUGGAGCGGAGAUCCAAUAAAAGCUGUACACUCGAAGUAACCACUUCUCAUACCAUGGAAGGCUUUCUUAAUCAACGCGUUGAAGAUGAUACGUGGCUUAAAUGUUGGGUAUGUUAGUCUUAUUUGUACAGUUGGUGACAUUUAAGCAUCUGCAUAUUUAACCAAAGUAUAAGUAGCCGAGACGGAGGGUAUUGAAUCAUCACAGGCUUUGCAUCUAAGCUAUAAUUGAAAACUGAAAAUUUUUCAUCAUUACCUGUAACACUUUCGCAAACUGACUAAAUCUUUGCAGUUACCAUAAUUUUCUUUAAUACAUUGUUCGUGGCAUAAAACGCUUCGUUUUUCCCACAACUUAUUAUCGAGUUGAUUUUUUUUUCGUGGAGACGCUGGUGGCCGCAUUUAUCUAACAUCGAGGUGUUGAUUAUGAGGGAGCAUUUGAAAGCUAAUUUACCAUUGUUAAGUGUUGAAGCUUGCAUGAAGUAGUCUUGGACCUUUGACAAAUAAGGUUACAAGCAGCGAAUUUCUUUGUUUGUUUUGUAGUUUGAUUCUGCGACCCAACAUCGAUGAGAUAACACAAGUUAUGUGUUAACACAAGUUUUAUUGACGUGACAACCAGCUGUUAUUGUUAUGCAAUUUUGUUAACAUCAAAACAACAAUGACUCAUUAACGGUUGCACCAGCUCCGUGCAAUACUAAAACUCAUAGUAUUGGUCCUGUUUAAUUUCGCCGCUGUGUGACGGGCGGGUUUUAUGGGUAGCCGUUGACCUUGUUUAUCAUAUUGGCUUAGUAACUGUGACCGAAUAGUUUAUUAUGCCUUAUCGUACCAUCUGGUAGACAUUUUCUCAUAUGCGGCAUGGGUAAUAUACUGUAUAUGGGAAAAAGUUCUUUUGCCUGCCCUUCCUCUAUCCCACCUUUUCCUCCGAUCUUCCUUUUGGUAUUAUAUUCGACCUUACUAGCUAAAAUAAUCCAGCUCGGAUCAAUUAAGAUGCCUCAAUCAUAACCAAGGGCAAUCGAUCGGUACUUUGAAUUUGAUGAAAACUGAUGUAUGAAACUUCUUUCUUUCAAAGAAGAAAGAUACAUUUUAAUGUAAAGUUUGAGCCAAGUUUUCACCCGUGUUUAAGGUGCAGCCAAUAGAACGUUUAGGAAAAAAAGGCAAGGCAAGUGAUAUUUCAGUUUCAGACCGCCUGCUGCAAUAUAUGAAGGUUAACGACAUUUUAAGAAUGUUACCCUUGAUGAUGGCCUCAUCAAUUUAUCACGAUUGGAAGCAGUCAUUUGAAAUCUAUGCGAUUUAAGAAGCCUUUAUUUUUAUUAUUGAUAUGAUUACAUAUGAUCUGAUCAAUAAUCGCCUAAAUAUGUUGUUAUAUUGUAAUAUUAUAGAUGAGUCGAUAUUAACCUUGCCAUCGAUACUUAUCGAGUUCAGUCUCACCUUCUCCCCGUCCUGAGAACCGCUUUGCCAGUAAACGAGAAGAGCGAACUGACGUGAGCCGGAUUCAUCGCUUUAACGAUCUCUUUGAUUAACAUUUCUAUUCAUUUGUUUCUUUUUAAAUUUGUUUGUCUUUUUAAGGUAAAACUUGAGAAUCAUACUCUACAUAUACACGAUGAUAAAGACAGCGAGGACUCAGUUGUGGUGAAAUUAAAGCUCAGCAACUGUGUGGUGAAAGACAGGGGCGAUCAACAACGACCAUUUGUCAUGGAGAUACGUCGAGCUCUUGGGAGAACACACUUUUUGCAAGCCCAAAGCGAAUCAGGUGUGGAUGAAGAAAUCGCACGAACGAGAUUGCCACUAACUGCUUUUAUGUUUUUAGUGCCCAUUUAUAUGCAGAUUUGAUAAGGGUCGCAAGUAAUUUAAUUUAAGUAAUGUAAACAAAAGAACAACAAUGAGGGAGAAGACAAUGAUUUUAAGACGUUAAGUAGAACUGUAUGUUAGCAUCGAAGUUUCUUAAUCGAUACACUAACGUAAAUUUUCUUACCCUUUUCAAACAGAGUACAAUGAGUGGAAGAAGGCAAUAAGUGGGUCCAUCGUUAACUCACCCAAGAAUCCCCGAAGACCAGUGUUAACUUGGAGCUCAACGGACGAAGACAGAACACACCGAGGCCUACUGGGUAAAACCCAGGGUGAUUCAAUCGAUAGAGAUGACGUGUUUCAGAAGACAGAAGAGGCGCCCACAUCACCAACUGGUCAUCCUGUGAGACCAAACACUCCGCUUAAUCCAUCACCUCGGGUUAGUGGCUUGAAGUAUCAGAGGUCGACAAAAGGUGUUAAUUCAGUUGUAAUGUGGGGAAUCAAAAUUUAACCUCGAUGAGCUUUGCGAUUAUUAGACCUCGGGUAAAUCAGGAAAAGCCUCUCAUUUUUCGAAGUCCCUUAUUCUGAGCAAGAUUUUUUUUGUCUUUCAGCCGUCUACAGCUGGUGACGUGUCUAACUCAGAGAGUGAUGAGAGCGAAUCUGCUGCUAGAAAUGAACCGCUGCAACCUGAGCCAGUUGAAAGAUGGCGAUCCUUUUCCGAAGGAGAGCAGGUACUCUGUGUGCUGAAACCUUGAAAAGCUGUAAUCGCGAGUCUAAUGUCAGUCUACUGCAAAAUAAAUUUAUGGGAAGUUACAAACAUAGCUUAGCACUAAAAUGCGUUGGUUCUCUUCAAUACAGGAGGAAGAGAGAAAGACCAGAAGUAAACUUCACCGCUCAAUCUCUAACGCCACACCAGCCAUCGCCCAUUUUCCUGGCAAGCGAAAACGUCGCAGUCGCACGGUACCAAAUGUGCAAGUGUCUCAGGAACUUAUUGCGAACGUGAAACACUCUUCCUGUCUUUUUAUGAGGAGUGGUAAAGGGCUGUGGACAAAGCGAUGGUGUGUGUUACAGAAGGAUAAACUGCAUCUGUUCAGACGACCUGAUGAAAUGGUGCCAACGAGAUCGAUCCCCCUGAGACAAUGCGAAGUACGGUGCGGCAGCAAAAAAACUAAGAAGUUUAGUUUUGAACUGAAUGUUCCUUCAGAAAAAGAGGAUUUAUGUUUUGCCGCUGAUUCGGAGAAGGAGAUGUUAAGUUGGAUGAGGUUGCUGAGGGUAGUAGCAGAAGAAGCAGACGCCAUUGAAAGGUUUGUACCUAAAUGAAAUACUCACAUAUGGACGACCCUUAAUGUAAUUCAGAGCGAAGUGGAACUGAGUAACAAGGAAUUUAUACUGAUUAGGCUGACUGGUAAAAUUAUUGGAAACGAUGGAAAACUGGUGGUAUGAACCAUACUUUUUCAGAGAUAGCGAGUGGGAAAGUUGGCAGAAAUCAGCAAGCUCCCCGUCCAAGCAAAAUUUCUUCCUUUUUUAUUCACAAAUUAACGGCAUAAAUUAUUUGGAAGUUCUGUUAGUCAUUUAUGGUUAAAAUGGUCUCCUUUCCAAAACUAAAAAACAUUUUAAAUAACCAGCAAGAGAAUGGUAAUGUCAAUAGAAAAUAUUUUCUCCUUGAUUGGACGAACACCAUUCUCAAAUUUGUCUUUUCUAAGCACCUUAGGGCCUUCAACUGCGACUGAAAUGACUAAGUCAAAUUACGAUCUACUCUUUCAGCUCUAAAGGUGAACGCAGCGGUGUAGUGAAUGUUGAAACAGAACAUAAAUCCAGAGAUGUUGGCCAAACUUCCUCAUUCUGUGCGACAGAUCAGUCCCCAGCCGACAUUUAUCAGAAAAACGACGAGAUUCAAGAGACCAGCUCUAACUCUCCGGUAGGGUCGCAGAAAAUCGAAGAAACAUUAUCAACAAACAGUCCUAGUGAAGGUUUGCCAAAGCCAAGUACUUUCGCUUGUAGACCCACAUCACUUGAUGGCGUAUUGAAACUUCUCCAAGAUCAGCAGUUGAUGCAACAGAUAGGGCAACAGAGAUUUGACAAAGUUAAGAAGGCCCAAAAAGCAUGGCAGAGGUCAGCGGCCGCGGCUUUGAAAGAGCGUCGUUCUGCUUCUAUUACCCCGGAUGGAGUGAUGUCUGAGCCCACAAGUGGAGAAGCAGCGAUCGACGAAACAAAGCGUAGAACUCUGUCUUUGUCGACGACACAAGGGGCGAAUACAGAACUUAGUCCAUCUUCCCCGAAGCUAGGCGCUAAUAAGAUUAUAGAGCAGUUUGAGAAACUUGCAGAGGAAGAAAGACUCAAAACUCUGAAAAAGGAAACGCUAUUAAAGAAGCGCCGAAACUCACUUACGCUUGAGAAAGAUGUGUUGAAAAAGAAAAUAAAUAAGACACAAGAAAAGAAAAACACUGUGAAGAAGUUUCUGGGGAAAGAUGAGGCAGCGAGCACUGAGGAUAGACAUCGUGUUGAGGAGAGACUUGAACAAGUGAAUCGGGAAUUGAAGACAAUUGAAAAAGACUUGCUUGAUAACAAGAAGAUCGAAGCGCAAGCAUUGGAUACAAUUAACGUCAUGAAAACGAAAACAGUGAGGAAGCACUCUUUCGCCAAAAGCUCGAGUAACAGAAUUCAAGUAGAACAAAAACGCAAUGAAUUUAAAAACUCUCCUUCCGAGUCCACGUCUUCUCAGGGGUCGGCGGAGGAUAAGUCAGACAGAGAGGUCCCAAGGACACAGGAAACGUUGGAAGCCGUGCGAAGGCAAAGCACGGCUGUAUCCUUAGCUGUGCUAGAGAAAGAACUCAGAAAAAUCUCUCCCGUCGGCGGUCGAAAGAUAGGUGGAGGUGAACCUUUCAGACAUGGUAGAGUUUCUUGGUCCUCUGAGGGUUCACAGGAAGACUCGGGUUUGAAAGAUUCACCCAUCUUUGCAAAGAAACAAUUUUUGGAAAAGAAAAUCUCAGUAAGCUCAGAAGGCGCACCAGGCGAUCAAUCGUUUUCGAGACCUAACUUAGCUGAUAGUGCUGAGUUGAGGAGGAAGCGCUUCUCCGCUUCAGGUUCUAAGGUAGCAUUUCACAACCUUUCCGUGGAGAUACCCACUGAAGACGAAAAGGACGUGGAAGACGGGAAAACAGUCACAGAUAGGCAUAGAAUGUCUACUGCGUCGGAGCCGGGUGCGUCUGAAAUUACACUGCGAAAGCUAUCAGUCAACUCGGAGAAAGGCUUGGAGGACCACCGUGCCAGCUUGUUGAAUGCUCUAUCGCAGAUAAAGGUAUGUAUUAUUUUUUUUAACUUUGAAAAGUUUAGCUUAGGGCGCCGUUCUCUUCAACCCCAUCAAUAAAUCCGCCCUUGCGAACUUCCUGCGAUAUAGCCACCUAUAGUUUCAGGGGUGUUGCUCGGGCAUCUUGAACACACGCUGACAUCAGAAGCCAAAAAUGGCUUGAACUUAAAACCCAGAAGAUUUUCUUAAGAAUCUUUAUUAAAGAGGUGAACAAUUAGCGUUGACCUACCAUGAAUUUCGCACCAUAUUGGAAGUGUAUGAGAAGCCUAAGAUUUGACAUCAUCAGUAGAUUUGACAUCAUCAGUAUGUACGGACGAAAGGAACAAAGCAAACAACUUGGGCACAACUAAAUGGACUCACAGAAAACGGCAACCCCAUCUUUGCAAACUUUUUCAUCCUUAAAUCCUCUUCAUUUACAUCAAUUACUUUGUUAAGGAGUUAACGCAAUUUUGACGGUCACAAGCUUCAACUUUAUUGUUUUUCCUUUUUUAAGGACUUUGAAGAAUUUGCCGCUGUUUCCAUAGGAGAUAAGUUGAACAAAUGAGACAACGAGCAUUGGCCUGCACAGUGCCACCCGACACUCCAGGCAAAUUUAUAGUAUAACUAACAGAAAAUAUGGUGAGAUGUCAGAAUGUUUUAAAUAUCCAAGUAUCCCACCUGUCAAAUUUACCUAAUGGGCGCUCAUCGUGCACAACAAUAGAACUUUGGUGUUUUGUUUUCAGUCUCUUUGAUUAUUUCAUGGUUGUUAAAUAUGAUCAGCAUUCGUUAUGAAUCCACACUAUGCAUAUCAUGCUUAAUGAACGCUUUCGCGUGUGCGCGGAAUAUUCUGCAUGUAUGCCAAAAAAAAAGUAUGUACAAAUUUGACAAUAGGUAAUGCUUGCUCGAAGGUAAACUGAAAAAAAAUCUCACUUAUUGCUUAACCCGGGUAUACCUUAAGGCUCGAAUUUCUUAAGUCAUUUUGCUAUUAUUUAUCCCCAGUUGAAAUUUUUAACUUGUUUAAUUAAAUUCACGGCUCAAUGCUUUAUUGUAAUUUCUAAACAAAGCGUACAUGUGGAUGAUGCAUUAGAGUAUGUAUAAAGUCAAAAGUCGUCAAUAUAAAGUUACAAUGCUACCUGAUUACUGGCUGGAUGGAUUUAUAUGAUAUAUUUAUUGAAACACACGUGAUUCUCCUUAAUUUCCCAGCGCUAGAAAUAAAACGUACUUAGCGCGCUCAAAUGGCACUCUGCUGUAGGUACAAUAUUAUUUCCUUUGAUUAAGUGAAAUUUGAAAAUUGGGUCAAUGACUAUUUUGUAAAGAAU